CCAACAGUAACAUGCAGGGUGGUUUUUAAUAUUGGAUAUGCCAAAUAAUGGCAUGUGCAAUUAACUCAGUAGCUGAUGAUUCCCUCCCUCCAUCGUUGAAUUUUCAUAUAUAACAGGCCGUUCAGUUGCUAUUCAAGGUUGCACAUGACAAGAAACCACCAACAGAUCGAGCUGCUAAAUGCAUGACCAAACAGCUGAAUUCAAAGAGAGAGAGAGAAAGGAAGUAGAUUUGGUUGCAUAAAUUUGAACCCAAAUCAGUACACUUCCUUUUUUUACAAUGAAGAUAAAGGAAGAAAUUGCUCGAGGACUGGGAAUGGGUCACAAAGUAGCUGAUUCAGGGAGUAAGGUUAUUCCGAUCACCACCGACUCGGCGUCACCUUCUUCAGCUGAUGAGCAGAAAGACAAGCAUAAGGGGGAUCACAAAUCCAAAAGCAUUGCUAAAAUGAAGGAGCUUCUAAGAAAGGCUGCUGCUGCUAAAUAUGAGAAAGGAGGAAAGUAUUUGGGCAGAAAGGUGAUGCAAUUCAGGAAUUACAGGGCAACCCUUAAAGCAAUACCUGAUGAUGAUCAAUUCAUCUCUGACUCACCCAAAAUCAGUUUCAGAUGGGAUGUGGAGAGCUGCUCCACCACUUCCUCUGCCUUUUCAGCUAUUUCUUUGGCUUCUUCCAUAAAUGAUCAGCCCACAAACAACCUGCCUUCUUCGAAUUCCACCCCCCUCCAUGACCCAGAAAACUUCAGUCCAAGAACAGGGAAUUGGAUCACUACAGACUCAGAAUUUGUGGUGCUAGAGCUUUGAGGAUUAAGGGUCUGCUACAGAAGGUUUAAUGGGUUGAAUCAAGUGAUUAGUCAAUGUUAAGGCAGUUAUAUAUUGUCAACUCAGACUUCGUUCAAUCCAAAUUCCGGGAAGGAUCAAGGGAAUUUAAUGUAACAUUAAGUUCAUGAUGAGGUUGUAAUCAAGGUUCUAACCAUUUUUUUGUGACUUAUAUAAAGCAAUAUGUAUCUCUUUA